AAAAGCCCUCAAACCCUUCUCACUGCCCGAUUCCAAAUUUCCAACUUUCUAACCCUCUCCCUCAUCUCUCGUCACUCUCUCCUUGCAGCUGAAGUUUGAAGAACGAAUUUGGACUGAAGCUCCGGCAACGGCAAGACCCGACCAGACCACGGUGAGGUGUGUUUUAUUCAGUUUUCGUUCUGGCAAAGGGGCAAAAUUGGAAAUCAUGGCUGAUUCUGAUUCCAGACUCUUAAUGAACCAAACAGCAUAAAUUGGAAUCCAAUUCCAAUUCCUAUUCCUGUCUGAACCAAACAGUUAUUUUACUACAAGAAAGGGAAAGAUUUCAGUGAUUGCAGGCAAUGACGACUCGGAUUGCUCCUGGUGUUGGAGCAAACCUACUGGGCCAACACUCAGCUGAGAGGAAUCAAGAUGCAACUGCUUAUGUUGGAAAUCUUGAUCCACAGGUUACCGAGGAGUUGCUAUGGGAGCUGUUUGUCCAAGCAGGUCCUGUUGUUAAUGUCUAUGUCCCAAAAGAUAGAGUGACAAAUCUCCAUCAGGGGUAUGGGUUUGUGGAGUUCCGUGGUGAGGAGGAUGCAGAUUAUGCAAUCAAGGUUUUGAACAUGAUUAAACUCUAUGGGAAGCCAAUACGUGUAAAUAAGGCUUCCCAAGACAAGAAGAGCUUGGAUGUUGGAGCAAAUCUUUUUGUUGGAAACCUUGACCCUGAUGUGGAUGAAAAGCUUUUGUAUGACACUUUCAGUGCCUUUGGAGUCAUUGUCACAAAUCCAAAGAUAAUGAGAGAUCCUGAAACCGGAAAUUCUCGUGGUUUUGGUUUUGUUAGCUAUGAUUCCUUUGAGGCUUCUGAUGCAGCCAUUGAGGCAAUGAAUGGUCAGUAUCUUUGCAAUCGUCAAAUAACAGUGUCUUAUGCAUACAAGAAAGACACCAAAGGGGAGCGUCAUGGUACUCCGGCAGAGAGAGUUUUGGCCGCGAGCAAUCCUAGUGCACAGAAGAAUAGGCCCCAUACUAUGUUUGCAACUGGACCUCCCACACUCCCUGCUGGUCCUCCGGCCAAUGGUACAAUGGGGACUCCAGUACCUCCUCGCCCUUUUGCCAAUGGUCCUAUUCCACCGGCACAAAUUCCAGCAAUUCGCCCUCCCCCUCCACAAGGAGGGGCCUUUCCACCUCCUAUGCAGCUAUCAGGCCCACCAACUUGGACAGGUCAGCCACAGCAACAGGGCCAAGGGCCACCUGUCAUGCCACCUCCACUUCAGCAGUUCAGACCUCCUGUCAGACCACCACCACCUAAUAUCCCACCACCUCCCCCACCACAUGCAGCAGGACUUUCAAGGCCACCACCACCUCCCAUGGGGGUGAGUGCACCACCACCUGUUUGGCGCCUAGCUCCACCUCCGCAGCAAAUGGUUGGGAGACCUAUGCCUCCACCUCAAAUGUCCAUGCCACCACCUCCACCUCCCAAUGCUCCACCUCCAUCUGCGAGUUGAGAGAGAAAAACAUUGAUGAGCUAUCGUUUACUCCCAAAAGUUUUGUUGCUGGGUAUAUGUUGACAAUGAAGAGGAUCUUGCUGUUGUUUUAUUUUUUCGACUUUUUGCUGAUUGUAAUGUAAUAUAGACAUGAAAACCAUUCGGUAAAGUUCUUUACUCGCUAAGUGAAAAAACCAGUUGUUUGAAUUCCACUACUCGGGGGGUGUUCUGCGA